UGCUAUCUAUUGCCUCACCCUGGCACUCAGUUCACCAGGAGCAGGGCAGGGACGCCAGAUGACAUGGACGAGGAUUUCCGGCAGUGCCUGUGUGAGUACGUCACCAGUGUGGUGCACUCAGCAGGGACACACGUCCGGACGGACCGAGCCGGGCAGGUGCUGACGGGGGCUCAGCUGGCUGCCAGGAUCAAGGGCGUCUCCCGAUAUUGGAAGACCCAACGCUACGACUUCUCCUCACCCAUGAAGAUGGCUGAGGCGUUUGCAGUGAUGAGACAGGAGUUAAACAGGAGAGCAGUAGAAGCCACCAGGAGGGAAUAUGACCAAUUUGUGCAGGAGCUGGACCGUGACCACCAGAGCAUGAGCAGCUGCCUGUGGGUGAAGCCCCUGGAGAUGCAGCGAUGCCUGGAGGGGAAAUGCCAGGAGCUGCUGGAGCGCUGCCGGGGGGAGCUGCGGGGCAAGGACCCCCAGAAACAGGCGGCCCUGGAGGAGCUGAAGAAGGAGCUGGACAAGCAGAUGGCAGAGUUCCUGCCGCGAUAUGAACAGCGCUUUAAAGUGAAGAAGGCCGAGUGGUUGGGCCUGUACUUUGGGCGGGGGGGGGGGGGGGGUCUGGCAGUGGUGGGUGCGGGUAUCGGAGUAGGCAUCAGGGCGGGUGCAGCUCUAGUGGGGCUGGAGGAAGCAGUGGCCAUUGGGAUUGGGACCGGGGUCUUUGGCCUGAUUGCGGGGGUUGGGCACUGGCUGCGGGCCUGGUUUGGACAGAAGAUGGCCCAGAACAAGACAGGCACCAACACCCCAAGUCAGGGGAAUGAGCGGGAGAGGAGGGCAGGAUGUUCAGAUUAGGAGCCCCUGCUGCG